AUGAAUAAUUAAUUGAAAAUUUUUUUAUCUGAAGAGUCUUGCUAAAAUAUUACCUAUCAUUAUUUGUUGAAUUUAUCCAAAAGAUAAUCAAAAAAAGUUGGAUUUCUUAAUACUUGGCUUAAAAAUUAUAAAUUUAAAACCCUAUUAAAAUAUUAAAUAAUAAUUGGCAGCAAUAUCUUUAGCAGUGCUCCCUUUACUUAUAUUAAGAUGUCCCACCAUUUCUAAUCAAAUGAUGAUUAAAAUGAUUAUUUCUAUUAAAAUAAGAAAAUGAGCUUUUCAUAAUAUAUACCUUUUUAUACAGGCAAAAGUAAACACUCCUAUUGGGGAGGAGAUUCUUACGAGGGAGAUUUUGUUAAUGGUGCUAGAAAUGGAUAGGGUACUUAUAAAUGGGCUAAUGGAAAUGAAUACAAUGGAGAUUGGGUAAAUAAUCAAAAACAUGGAAAGGGUAGAUUCAAAUGGCAUAAUGGAAAUGAAUACAAUGGAGAUUGGAAAAAUGAUUUCAGAACUGGAUAAGGGAAUUUAAAAUACGCUAAUGGUGAUUUUUAUGAAGGGGACUUUGAAAAGGGUAUCAGACAUGGAAAAGGUAGAUACUUGUGGGUUAAUGGGGAUGAAUACUAUGGGGAUUGGUAAAAUGAUAAUCGUAUUGGAAAGGGAAAGCUAAAAUGUGUUGAUGGAAAUUCAUAUGAUGGAGAUUAUAUAAAUAAUGAAAAACAUGGUAAGGGUAAAUGUAUUUGGUCCAACGGGGAUGAAUAUAAUGGGGACUGGUAAAAUAAUAAUAGAACUGGAAGAGGGAAAAUGACUUAUGCUUAUGGAGAUUCGUAUGAAGGAGAUUGGGUAAAUGGAUAAAAACAUGGAAAAGGUAGAUACAUUUGGGCUAAUGGGGAUGAAUACUAUGGAGAUUGGUAAAAUGAUAAUAGGACUGGAAAGGGAAAAGUAACAUGUAUUGAUCGGGAGUCAUAUGAGGGAGAUUAUGUAAAUAAUGAAAAACAUGGAAAAGGUAGAUACAUUUGGACUAAUGGAGAUGAAUACUAUGGAGAUUGGAAGAAUAAUAGUAGGACUGGAAAGGGCAAGGUGACAUGCGUUAAUGGUGAUUCAUAUGAUGGAGAUUAUGUAAAUGGUGAAAAACAUGGAAAAGGUAGAUACAUUUGGAGAAAUGGUGAUAUAUAUGAUGGAGAUUGGAAAUGUGAUAAUAGAACGGGAAAGGGAAAAGUGACGUGUUUUAACGGAGACUCAUAUGAUGGAGAUUAUAUAAAAAAUGAAAAAAAUGGUAAAGGUAGUUAUAAAUGGAUUGAUGGGGAUGAAUAUUAGGGACAAUGGAAAAAUGAUAAGCGAACUGGAUAGGGGAAACUGAUAUGUUCUGAUGGAGAUUCAUAUGAAGGAGAUUAUUUAAAUAAUGAAAAACAUGGAAAGGGUAGAUACACUUGGGCUAAUGGAGAUGAAUACUAUGGAGAUUGGAAGAAUAAUACUAGGACUGGAAAGGGGAAAAUGAAAUGCGCUAAUGGGGAUUCAUAUGAAGGAGAUUAUGUAAAUGGGGAAAAACAUGGAAAAGGUAGAUACAUUUGGGCUAAUGGGGAUGAAUACUAUGGAGAUUGGUAAAAUAAUAAUAGAAUUGGAAAAGGAAAAAUGAUAUGGGCAAAUGGAGCUGAAUAUUAUGGUGAUUGGGUAGAUGAUGAAAGACAUGGGAAUGGUCAAAUGAAAUAUGUUGAUAACUGCUACUAUGAUGGCAGUUGGGUACAUAAUAAAAGACAUGGUAAAGGGGAAUAUAGGUCUGCUCAAGGAGAAUUAUAUGUGGGAGAAUGGAUUUUUGAUUCAAUAAAAUGA